CAGUGAUUAACAAAAUGGAACUGAUGAUGAGCGUUAGCUUCAAUAAAUCAAUAUUUUAAAUGGCUUUAAAAAGCAAACAUGAUUAUGUAUUUCUGUACCAAUAUGACUCAGAGAUAAAAAAAAUAUGGUUAGCUACAAAACCAGAAACUACUUUAAAGUAUGGUGUGUGUGAUCCUGAGCCAUUAAAGACAAAACGGUCAAAUGAUGCCCGGUGAAGGUGUGAGCGCCACACACCGCUACAUCUUUAUGAUGAAGCUGAGUGCCCAAAGCUCGCCAAAGGCAACUAGGGAGGGAGAGGAAGAGAGGAGAGUCAUAGAAACUAGGGCACUGUUAUCUGGCCCAUUUUUACCAACCACAAGGCGCCAGGCAGAGAAAGAGAAGAAAAGAGCCUCAGACAGGAGAAGAAGAAAGAAGAGAGGACAUCGGUGUAAGUGAAGCGUCAAACAGAAGAUCGAGGAAACAGCAGCAAUUCCACGUUGGACAACACGGACCCAAAGAAAAGGGGACAAACGAAACCUUGAUUGUCUUGUACGAUCACGCUCACCUUUCACCUGCUGUCUCUCUUGUGCGCACACACACACACACACACAGACGGACGCACGUGUGCAGACGCGAGCAGGCUCGCUCACACUCAUCGGAAAGCAACAUGUUUGAGGAACAAGCGACCAAGGUGAAAAUCACUUCGGUGGUCAUCCUAGUGGGCAUGUCGUCGAUGCUGGUGGCCGUGGUGACCGACCACUGGGCCGUCCUCAGCCCACGUGUAGAGAAAUUCAACGUCACUUGUGAGGCAGCCCACUUUGGCCUGUGGAGGCUCUGCAAGAAGACCAUCUUCAUGGUGCGUGAAGACCCUCAGGGCAAAGGCUGUGGCCCCAUCGGCCUACCUGGAGUGAAAAACUGUUCCUACUUCAAACACUUUACGUCUGGGGAGGAAGCUGAGGUUUUUGAAGUCAAGACCCAGAAAGAGUACAAUAUCUCAGCGGCAGCCAUCGCCAUAUUCAGCCUCUUCUUCAUGAUCCUCGGCACCCUCUGUGUCAUCUUCUCUUUCGGGAAGGGUCGUGACUACCUGCUGCGGCCCGCUGGGAUGUUCUUUGCCUUUGCAGGUCUCUGCAUCUUCAUCUCUGUGGAGGUGAUGCGCCAGUCUGUCCGACGUAUGAUCGACAGCGACGAGACCAUCUGGAUUGAAUACUAUUACUCCUGGUCCUUUACCUGUGCCUGUGCCUCCUUCACCAUCCUCAUCCUCAGUGGAGCCGUCCUGCUUCUAAUCUCUAUGCCGCACAUGCCGCGUAAUCCCUGGGAGACCUGCAUGGAUGCAGAGCCAGAGACCUUAGAUUAGCAACAGCACAGUUAUUGUAGAGUGAUAGAAAAAAACAUGUGAUCAACCUGUUGUCUCUCCAUUUCCAACCUCUCAGAGAACAAUGGCUUUGUUCAGGCUGGUAUAUUUUUCCUAUUAUGACCUAGCAUUGGUUUAAGGAAAGUUACAUUUAAAUCUUAUCUUCCAUAUGUCACCCUUUUAAAAUCAUAAUAAUUACAACAUAAAUUCUAAAGGCACCAGGUUCAUUUUAAGGAUAUGGUCAAACAAAACAAAAAGAACUCUGAAAACAGAGCAUACGACUUCCCAGCAGGUGGUGAUAAAAACACAGUUAUUAUGCUGUAAUACAUGGUUUGAACGCAUUAGGAAAACAGUGUUGUUUCAUACAUAGUUAUUCCCCCAAUUUGUUCAAAACAUUCAAUCUCUCUUUUCCCUGCUGUUUGAUGGCUUGAGGCGAAGAAUGAAAAAGAAAAUAAAUUCUAGUCCUGAAUAAUUAUCAACAAUAUCUUUAUUUGAAUAAUAAUAUGAUAAUCAAGCCCUAAAUCACCAGACAUAUACAAAACAUACAUGAAAAAAAAUGUAACAGUAAUUACUCUUUGUCUAGAUAUGGUUAUUAUGACUUUCCUUUUAUUAUUUGUUAAACACAUAGACAUAAAUGAAUGGUCUUUUGUUGAUGUUGUUUUGUUUUUCUUUUAGAUAAUCUAUUUCAAACAGGCUGUAAUAGAAUAGAGUGAGCGUCUGUUUCAAUAAUCAAGCUGGUUUUUACAAGAAGUUUAAUAAAUAAAAUGUAAAAAUGACUAUAAAAACACAGAAAAGUUGAUCUGAUCUAGAACAACAGUCGGUUUAAUCUUAAUGUUAUGGUUUGACUAUGACUCUCUCUGAACUUAUAUAAGAGGUUUAAAAAGUGUGUUCUUCUCAUAGAAUUGUACGGAGGCUUUUUGUUUUUUGCAACGCAGCUACCUAAAUAUUUUGCUUUUCUUCGGGGGUGAUUUUUAUUUGAGAGCUCACCUGCAUCUGAAUGCUAACAAGAGAAAUGAUACUGAUCAUUUUCAAUAUUGCAUAUAAAUGUGAGACAGAACCUUGAACUGCUAAAGGGUUUCUUUUCGUGGAGACAAAUGUACAUUAUGACUUCAGUAUUGUGUUGCUUUGGGAAGAAAGGCUCAUUCUGUGGCUUUUUAAAUAUAUUUAAUACAUGGACGACCUUUACUGUUCUCUACAAUCAAUAAAAAAAAUACACAAAAAUCACAUUUUACCUGACAGCAGAAUUUAUUCUAUUUCCUCAGUGCCGGCUACACACAGGUUGUAUCAUUGUUAGCUACACAUUGGUCUAGGUCUUAUGUGUUCCUUCUCAGAGAGUGGCUGUGGCCCUGGAGUCACUGAGCUGUUGCAGUGAUGGUGAAAUUAAAGUUUCUAAAUGAACCUCUUUCACAGAGGAAAUAUUACAUCUACCUCCUGGGUCCUGGUGACGAUAACAUUUCUGGGGUUGUUUCCCAACUGUAGUCACAAAAAUAUUAUUUUCUUUCAUUGGACAGGUUUUUAUCUGAGGAAAUUGAAGACAAACCAAAGUCAGUGUAGUGAGGGUUUUUCUAACUAAUGACUGUGUGCUUUAUAAAGAGUGAAUUUGCAGCCUUCAGUAAUGUGAGUCUGAUUGAGAUUGUAAUCCAUUUAGGUAAAUCUUGAAAAUGAAAAUGAAAUUUAAUAAACACAAUUUUACUGAUGCUUCAGUAUAUCUAAGUUCCUGUAAUAUUCUCAAGAUAAUUUUCCAACAGAAUAAAAACAAAAAUAAAAAUAAAACCUAAGGCACAUACAGUAUAUGUACUCGUUUGCAUCAGUAUUGGAGAGAUACUUCUGGGCUGCCCCCACCUUCACAGAUCAAGACAAACUAUAGACAAACUGAAAUACUGUAUGAUGAUGUGAGGCUGAUGGACCCUGGCCAUUUAUUUUUUACAAUGUGCAGCAACACCAUCAGCGGAGAACUUGCAUAAACCAGUUGAAUCAUGUUUGACCGUCAGCUGUUUGGACAAGUGUGGUCAGAAGCUGUUUUUGUGGAAAAUUUGAGUCAAAAAGAUUUUUUAAAUCAGUGGGAGAAAAAAAAGUUUGAUGUAAUAAGAAGGCAAGUGAUUCAAACUGUGCAUGUAGUUAAAGGAACUGGGAACAUGAAAGUAGGAGCAAGGUUGGGGAGUAGUGUCCAAACCCAGUGAGAAUUCAUCGGAGAAUCAGUGAAGAAUUGAAUAGAUAAUUGGUAUCAAUAAUCAUCCCUGCUUCCUGCCACAUCCCUUCAUAAAUAACCUAGCACUGUAUGUAGAAGAACAAAUAUUACAAAUAGUUUUUGUUGCCCAUUCUGUGUUUUAAUGUAGAGGCAACAAUGGCCUGCUGUGUUACUGCUUCUUCAUUUCGAGUCACUGCGGUCGCAGAACCUCUCAACCAGAAAAUGUGUUUCAGUAAGUGACAAAUAUAUUGGAAAAGCUGUGCAGACCUUUCACACCGCGGGUCAGAUGUAUUCAGAAGUGGAUGUAAUGGAUGCACAAAGUUCUCACAGCCGCUCAUCAGACCUUAAACCCUACAGGGAUGAGAUCAGCGCGAGCAGAACAAACAGUGAAACGUGGCUCUGUCUCUGUAUUUGAUCCCUGUCAUUGUAAACAAUUUCCAAAGUGCUGGAUGGACAAAGCGACAAAAAAAAAAAGCUGCAUCCUGUAAGAUUUCUAAUUGUUUUGCUUGUUGAAAAGGUCAAUGAAACAAUGCUGAGGUGGUUUUCUUAUGUAACAAAUGCUCGGCUCACUGCUGCUCUGCCCUCACACUCUUCUCAUUUCCUCACUUCACAGGCUCAGAGGCAAGACGCCGGAAAAACAACAUCAACAACAACAACAAUAUUGCACACACGAUCGGUCUGAAUGACGGAGAUUAUUCAUUACUUCUUGAAGCUACUUUGCAGGUGUUGUGUGAUUUUCUAUUAUUUUGUUGUUUGAAUGCAAUACUAUGUAAUUAUGGCUGUGACAUUUGGAAACAAGGCAUCCACAAAUCUCUGCCUUUGAAUCCUGUAAAGUGACUUCAGGUCAUGUUACUACAACAAUUAUUGAGGGAAAAUAAAUCUUCAAACACAUUACCACUUUUCUUCCAGGCUAAGACUUAAAGGUCACAUUACACGUCAUUCCCUGGAAAAGUCUGACUUUCAAAAAAGGAUGUUGAAAUAAUAGAACAUUAUUUGUACUAAUAUCUGACUGUGUGUUUUUUUACUCACCAAGACACAUGGUUCUGACUACAAUCCACCAACUCAAUAAAGCCAGAUUUGGGUUUUACAUUUUUUCAUAUUUAUAAUUUUAUCAUUUGUUAUUCACAAAUGAAACCACAUACAUCUACCAUCUGUUUGUCUCUCUGUUCCAGCAAUAUAAUGGAUAAAAAACCCUGUUUUUGUUUCAUAUUUUUAGGA